GAAUGCAGCAGUGUUGUUUGUAAAAUUGCUUGAACUCGAGGACGAGCCAGCCAUUGCCACACACUUUUUCAAGAGCUUCCACUGUUGUGUCACUGAAAGUUUUUAAUAGUUUCUUUUUGUUUUACUAUUCGAAUAUUACAGAGAAAAGUUAUGGAAAAUAGCUCUUUGUCAGGCAGCUCUUCGGGAAACCAGUUGCAAGUCUUGCAAGACAUAGUCGAGUUUCUUGAAGGUAUUGAACAAUCAGUCGAGUUGCUGAAGAGCAAAAUAAAUUCUCUAUCGGCUAAAUAUCCCAUCACGGCUCAAGAGAAAAGACUUAACCAAUUAAUAGAGAAAAUACAAAGAGACGUCCAAGAAAGGGUGGCGAUGGAAAAACUGCUUCGCGAGACGACAAUGUCUGUGGAAGAGAGUACGACUCCAUCAUCAUCUGUAGGAACCGAGGAAUCAUUCCCAAUCCCAAGUCCUCCACAAGAAGUAGAUUAUCCAGUGAUUUUGUACAACAGUUAUUGCCUUCGUAGACGAACUGUUGACCAGGUUGGUAAACUUGGUCAAACUUUGCCAAGGAAAAAGAAAGUUAAGGUUAUGGGGAUAAACGUGGAGACGUUGACUAACGACAAGUAUGACCGGGAAAAACGAGCGGGAGAAUGGACGAAAGAGUUGGUCACAGUUUUACAGAAUGGACAAGAUUAUAAGACGGAGAAGUUAGAUUCUGAAAACGUGGCACCUAAUGCACAAGCUAUCGUCUUAGAUAUCGGAAAAACAAAUUUCAAAAAGGGGAGCAUUCCUAUUUUCUUUUUUGAAAGUCAGAUGGGAGAUUUGAUCGUCUCUCCAGAAAAGAUUUUCUUAUCUCCAAAGGAGUAUGCCCAGCUCAGAGGAUACGAUCCAAACGAACGACUAGAGAUAGCGAUGAAAGUAGCAGCUGCAAACUACGAGUACUGGAGCUCUGUGUACUAUAAAGGACUGAGGAAUAAAGAGAAGGAUCCAAUGCAACAGAGUUUAGUUAAAGAAUACUUACGACAUUACAUUAAAGACCCUCUGAACAGCAAAGGAUUGAUAUUUUAUUACCAGAUAAAUAAAAGCUGCUGCCAUCAACAGAUACAGUGUCAGUCGUACAUUGGGAAAUGCGAGGGAUCUCUGGUUGAGAAGUUGAGAGAGAUUCAUGAAGAAAGCGACCAAGAAAAACCGUCUCUUCUGAAACUUGCUCUCAAGAGUAAACUCUUGUACUCUGAGGAGAAUGAAGUUGGGGAUAUUGCAAAGAAAAAUGUCGUUCUCAUUUUGGAUUUUGGUUACACGGAGGAAUUCGUAGAGAAGUAUAAAGAUAGGCUAGACAAAGGUGACAGACUUUCCGUCUUACAAAAGAACUAUGUUGAAUACUUUGGGGCCAGAAGUCCAAUAGGAUUAAAUUGAAACAUCAACAUAAGUAACAUGUUGUCAUAGCAGCUAAAAAUAUCGAAACAUCUGCAAGGCAGAAACAUAAUUACCUUCAAAAGCCUUCGAAUUUUAUGAUUCAGAACUGAAUGAACCUUUUGGUUGAUAUCAAGUCAUGACUAACUCUCGACUAACUCAUUAUUGAAUUGGAAUUUAGCGUGCAAGCUUUUGCGGAGUGAGGAAAACCGCGGAGACCCCGGAGAUCGUGUCUAAAUAAAUAUAAUGAUGAUGAUGAUGAUGAUGAU